AUGGAUCCCACCCAGUUUCACAAUGCCAACAGCGGCGACCACAUGCCCGAGGUGUCUCUCGGCACUUCCCCCGCAGCCGUCUACGCAAAUGCCACCAUACAUAAUAAUCUUGUCGCUCACCGAGAACACUCUCAUGAGCUCCAGCUCCCUCCUGACGCACAAGAGGAGGAACGAUGCAGACACGUCUCUGUUGGUCAUUUCGACCCCACCGGCGUAGACGAGCUCAAGCGCACCAUGUCUCGGCUCAUGCCGGCCUAUGCGUCUCACCACUCGUCAGAUCGGUCCUCGGACCACACCCUCGCGCCUGGAGAUGGGCCGUUCGACUUUGAGAAGUCGCUCCAGCACUUGGUCAGACGGACGCGGCGACGUGCAGUACAACACGUCGACCGCGAGCGCGCAGGGCUAAUGCCCCGCGUGAAGACGCAGCCGACGGAUGGACCACGGGCACAGGCGCGAGGGUCGGUGGGCGCGCGCGGGCGGAUAGACGGACAAGCGGAUGGAUGCGAAGGCGGACUGGCGGGCAGGAAGACGGGCAGGAAGACGGGCGAGAAGACGGGCGAGAAGGAAGACGGGCGGGAAGGAAGGCGGACAGACAAGCGGACCGGUAGGAGAACGAGCAGACGGGCAAGUGGACAGGCGACAGCACACGCCCACUGCGAGUGUGCUGGGCGAAUGCCCGGCACGCUGACACAGCCGACGGAUACACACGCAGGCCCGCAAAUGGGCGCGUAG